GAUUGUAGAACAAAAUACAGGUAACAUUCUGGAGAGUCUUACAUACCUCGAAAUGGAGAAUACCAAUAGUGCUUCUAGCGUGAAAUGGACAUCCCGGCUGGAAUUUGUUGUGGCCCUCCUCGGUUAUUCCAUUGGCAUGCCGGAAUUUUGGAGAGUCCCGUACCUUACAUACAGGAACGGAGGGGGGUCUUUUAUUAUCGCCUACAUCCUACUGAUGCUGGUGUGUGGGCUUCCUUUGUACUUCCUAGAGCUGGCCCUGUCUCAGUACUCGGGAAAAGGACCAUGGCGGUUUUGGGAUAUAUGUCCUUUAUUGAGAGGAGUAAGUAUUGCCAUUGCUGUCAUCAAUGGUUUAAGUGGCGUCAACGCAGCCAUCCUUGAAGUCUGGGCAUUUGACUAUUUUGUGAACUCGUUUAAGACAGUCCUGCCUUGGGCAAACUGUGACAAUGACUGGAACACCCCUGUUUGUCAUAAAGAUGGGUCGAAAGGAGAUACAGCCAUGUAUGCCAGCAUCAACAACAACAACACGAGCAACUACAACAUCAUGAACAAUGCAUCUUCAACGAUGUUGAAUAACAGCGCUUUUCGUCAUCCCGUGGACUCCGUCAAUGAAUUUUGGCUGUAUCGGAUUCUGAGAAUAUCGGACGGAUUUGAUCACCUUGGGUCCAUCAGUGUUAUUUGUGUGAUUUAUCUACUUGUGAUAAGAAUACUAAGUGCUUUUAGCAUGGUAAAGAGUGUCAAAAGUAUAGGCAAGGUAAUGUAUGUAACUGCCCUUCUACCUGUGUGCCUGAUUCUGGUGAUAUGGAUACGAGCCCUGACCCUUCCUGGUGCCACUAAAGGAAUGCUGUAUUUUGUGUCAACUGACGUCACUAAAUUAGCUAACACACAGUUGUGGACCGAGGCAGCUUUCCAGGCAUUCAUGACGCUUGGGCCUGGUUGGGGAGGGCUGAUGAUGAUAGGAGCACACAACAAAUUCAAGACAAAUUGUUUCAGAGCAUCCAUUAUAUCAACUUCGGCGACGUUGACCUUCGGACUAUUCAAUGGUCUCGUGGUGUUUUCCGUGCUUGGUGUGAUGUCUGAAGAGAUUGGUGUCCCUAUAAAAGACGUGAUGACGUCAGGUGGUUUUUCUAUCGGUUUUAUCGCCUAUCCUAAGGCACUCAGUUAUUUCCCCUUACCACAACUUUGGUGCGUUAUUUUCUAUUUGGUCAUUCUACUGCCGGGAUUGGAUGUUAUGGUUGUAGAUACAGAACCGCUGUUGAUGGUACUUGAAGAGAUGUUCCCGAAGGCUCUAAAUAAUCGAAGAGUCUCUUUGCUCGCAAUUGUCAGCAUGGUCAUGUUUCUUCUCAGCCUACCGCUGGCAACACAGGGCGGAGUCUACAUUUUUCUGUUGGUGAAUUGGUACACAGGUACCUGGAGCGUCACACUGAUCUGUUUGGCGGAGUGUGUGAUCUUUGGCUGGAUUUAUGGUACCCACAGAAUCGAUCGUGAUGUCCGACUGAUGCUUAAUCGGCCGCUUCCUGCCAUUGUCCGCUUCAGCAUUGCGUUUAUAAUGCCAGUUUUUCUUACGUGUCUCCUUUUCAUUAGUAUAUUUACUUACAAACCACCAACAUUUGGGGAGUAUCAUUACCCUGUGUAUGCCCGUGCCAUAGGAUGGGGAUUCAUUCUCGCGGCCAUAUUCCCGAUCAUAAUAUUCUGUGUAUGGGUCGUUAAGAAUGAAGAAGGAACGCUGUGUAACCGGCUCAAACGUCUGUCACGACACACAGAAAAAUGGCUACCAGCAUGUGAGAAAGUUGAGGACAUCCACAGGGAUACAGAACAGUUAGCGAACUACACCUGGUCACAACUAUUUUGGUUUAACCUGACGGGCAAGGGGGGCUUAGUCAUAAAUAAAAGCAGGGAGAUCGUGCCAAUGCUGUAAACGAAUGGCAUCCCUCACACCAAAAAUACAAAUAUUGUGAAGAUUAUAGUUUAACCAGAAGUUAGGAAAUUAAAAACAAAUUGAAUAUUUAGCGAAAAUUAAUGAAACGGGCAACAAAGGGACGAUAUUUU